ACCUAUUAAUUUCUUGCCGCCGCGCGCUACCCGGCACGGCAAACUUGUGCAUCGCAGUCGGCACUCGGCAACCUGCGGCAAGCGACAAGCCCAUCAUACGGAGUCAGAGCAGAGGAGGCACAGGACACGCGUGUGCCUACCUAUCUCAACAACAUCAAGCCAAGUUUGCUGGCCAUGCCGACCCUGCUCUCCGCGAGGUCCCGCGGCAGCGACGGUGGGGCUGGCGGAAACCGCGCGUGCUACGGCAUCGCAGCGUGCGCGGUGGCGCUGCUCCUGUUCUGCGCGCUGGCCGUCUCCGUCAGCGUCUGGAUGGCGUUCACGUUCGGCGGGCUGGCCCUGGUCGCCUUCGGCGUCGCCGGCUGCCUCGCACGGGGGCCCAGCAGCGACGGCGCGAGCGCCGAGAGCGAGGCCGCGGAUGCACAUGCAGCAGCGGUGGCCGCACCGAGGACGCGGCGCCGGUUCGGCGGCCUGCCGAAGGCCGCGGUCAAUGCGCUGCCGACCUUCGCCUACGAGCUUAUUAGCCUUGGAGGCGCCGGCGACCUCGAGUCCGGGACGAAGGCGGGCGGCGAGAUGUGCUCCGUGUGCCUCGAGGACGUCCAGGCUGGCGAGAUGGUGCGGCAGCUGCCGCCGUGCAAGCACCUGUUCCACGUCGAGUGCAUCGACAUGUGGCUGCACUCGCACCCGACUUGCCCCGUGUGCCGGUGCAGCCUCUUGCCGCCACCGCGGAGGGUUGGUGCCAAAGCGGCUCCCGCGCCGACAGCUGACGCUAGGGAACCGCCGGCUGACGAAGCCCUGCCACCAGUGUAGGUGUCUGUGUUUCGCCAUACCAUUCUGGAGACGGCACAAGAAUCUCUGCACGUACAGCACACAUAACCACUUUGCACGUCAUGGAUUGACAAUUAGUAGAAACGCAACUCUCGCAAAAAAAAAGUAGAAAUAUAACUAUUUUUAUUCUUUUUCCCGAUAGUUGUGGACGUUAAUUACUGUCUAUACAACAAUGUUCCACAAUACAUGUACAACACCGACUAAAGAGGUAUGUAUAAUGUAUAAAGAUUGACA